AUGGCCGUCUACCACAUCGUCCUCUUCCGCCUCAAACAAGGCGUGACACCCGCACAGCUGCAGCACUGGACAGCCACCGCCCAAGGUAUGGUUGGCAAAAUCCCGGGCCUGGUCUCGCUGAAGGCCGGCGGGCCGCUCCCGAUCUGUGUGCCGCGCGCAAAGGGCUUCGAUAUGGGGCUUGUUGCGGUGCUUGAGAAGCCAAGUGAUGUGGAGGCGUAUGCGGUGCAUCCGGCGCAUUUGGAGGUGCAUAAGAUGAGGGAGGAGUUGUGUGAGGAUACGUUGGCUUAUGAUCUGGAGUUUUAG